AUGCAGGAGAUGGUGUUGCUUCACCGCCUGGCGAACUUUCAGCGCGUCUGGAGCUUGCCACCGAAUGAAAGCACGGGCAAAGAAGUAUCCGCUCUGGCCUGGAGACCAGACGGCAAAAUUCUGGCUUUCGGGCUUGCCGAUACGAAGAAAGUGAUCCUGUGUGACGUGGAAAAGCCGGAGAGUUUGCAUUCUUUUUCGGUCAGCGUCCCGCUGACGUUCAUGUACUGGAUGGAAGUUACGGAGGAAAACAGCGUCCUCAUUUCGUUUUAUAACGCUGAAGACGAAUCCAGCCUUCUCCUUCCAAAGUUGCCUCCGUUGCCGAAGAACUACAGCACCACAGCAAAGAUUUUCAGUGAAGAAAAAUCCGAUGAAAUUAUGAAACUCAUGGGCGACGUCAGGCUUAAUGCCCUCGUUCUCGGAGGCGUCAAUGGCUUCAUUGAGAUCUAUGCUUAUGGAAUGUACAAGAUUGCGACGAUAACAGGGGUGAGGGGUUCCUGCCUGGCCUUGUGCUUGUCCAGUGACUUGAAAUCGCUUUCAGUUGUGACAGAAGUAGACACCGGUCCGGACGGAGAUCCGGAAAUAACCUACUUCCAGGUGAGUGGAAGGGCCGGCGGCUCGGAGGCCUUGCUAUACCACUUAAGCGAGCUGAAAGGCAUGGCUUUGUGGAAGCAGAAGUACGAGUCCCUUGGGCUGGACGCAUCGGGCAUAGAAGACGCCAUCACUGCGGUCGGCUCCUUCAUUCUGAAAGCAAACGAACUUCUCCAAGUUAUAGACAGCAGCAUGAAAAAUUUCAAGGCUUUUUUCCGUUGGCUUUAUUAUUUAAAAGAUGAAGACGAUGACCUUGUAUCUCCGCCUAACACGGAUGGAAACCAGUGGUUUAAUUUCCUUCAAAAUAGCAACAGCCUUAAAGAAAGCCCGUUGCUGUUUCCAUACUACCCUCAGAAAUCGCUGCAUUUUGUAAAGAGGAGAAUGGAAGCAAUCAUUGAUCAGUGUCUCCAGAAACCAGCUGAUGUGAUCGGAAAAACCGUCCAUCAGGCCUUUUGCAUGCCUUUGUACAGAGCCUCAAAAAGUGAGGACUCGACCCCUCAGCUGCUUAAGCUUCCCUUUUUGUGGCACGACAAAUCGUACAAUUUGCAUUACGUUUUAUUCACCAUGUUAGAGAACUCGGUUUCCAAACUCUACAUCUUGAGAAGGCACACCGACAUAUCAAGAUCCACUAAUAACGGGCUGCUUGCUGUGGAGUUUGGGAAUUUCCUGAACAAAAGUGUGAACGAAAGUAAGGAAGCAAGCUCCUACAGCUGUCUAGAUGCUCACUUCUACGACAACGAAACCAUCACCGUCAUCCUGGUGGAAAAUUCAGAACAGGAGGGGAAGGAACGGCUUUUGGCUCAGCUGCCCCUGUCCUCCAUCUGUAGGGAGCAGAACCAGGGAAUGGAGUUCAACUGGAAUUCUGGUCAAAGGCUAGACCUGCAGCGGGACGGCAUCCCUACAUGUACGGUCACCGCGGAGACUCAAUGCAGGGUGCUGGAGAAUAUGAAGGCUCACUAUGUCACCGUGAACGGUAUCCGGAAGGUGUCUUGUGUGCUAAGUUCAAACCUGAGGCACAUCCGAGUGUUCGAAAUGGAUGAAGACGAUGGAGAAGCUGAAGAGGAAGAAGAUGAGGAAGGCCCUCAGGCUGUCGGCCUACCUCAAGAAGAACUCAACCAGUCAACAGACACGGUUGAAGGAGAAUAAGUGCAUCUUGGCUCAGCUGAGCUGGUAGAUGAGGUCCCACCAAGCUUCUAAGAUGGAAAGAAAUGUUCAUUUCGGGGUCUUGGACAUUAGGGAGAAGAACUGGGGAUGUGGUCCUUCUGUUGGAAAAUGAAGUUAUGGAAGAAUUGUGUGCGUUUCCCGUCUGUCUGGUUUUUAAAACUCACAUUCUGCCAACCUCUGUUUCUUGUGUUAUGGCUCUACUGUCUGAAUAACACAACUGGAAACAAACAAGUCUUCAGAUAUUCCUGCCAACAUGGUUCUGCGGUUUCCUAAACUCCAUUGCUUCUCUGGAUUUCUAAACAAGUGGUCUCUUUUAGAUGUCACAGUUUUGUCUAUGUGUCACUCUCUCAAGUUUGCCAGAGUAAUGUGGAGAAUGGCCGGGGAAGUCUCUUAAACCAAGGGU